UCUCAUCAUUCCUGAGAAGACUCUCCCACAGCUGUCCCCCUCAAUCUCACUGCCAAAUAUUCCUUCACACGUCUGUAAUGGCCAACUCCACAGAACGUAGCGUAACCCCCACUGAAAGCAAAUCUGACACAUCACCCAUAUCUAUUCAGGGACCAUACUUUGAAGCCAUAGUUGGAGUUGUCAUUGCUGUGGUGGUUCUGGUCCUGAUCCUCCUCCUGGCCGUCAUUCUGCGAUACCUGUACAAGCACAAGGGCACAUAUCAUACCAAUGAGGCCAAGGGCACAAAGUUCGCGGAGACAGCAGACGCUGCUCUGCGUGGAGACCCUGCCCUGCAGGACGCCAUGGAUGAGAGCAAGAAAGAGUAUUUCAUAUGAGACACAAUAGCUGGCCCUUUAUACACAUCGUAUAAUAAACUCCUACAGGCACACAUGAAGCCUCAAUCCUGUUUGCUGGAGCGGUGAAGUAACUGUUUUCUAACAGAAACAAACGUGUGAAAUGUCUUCUAUAUUUGAGAUUGUGUAUAUUUAUUUGUUCCUCAGAAAGAGGUAAUAUUGAGUACAGAUGAAAGAAUACGCCACACUCCUUGUAAAGCUGAGCGUCUGAACAAACAUCAGCUCAGGAGAAUGAGAUGCUAUUCAGAUGAAGGGAAGGAAAGUCUUUGAUCUCGUUAGACAGAAUGUGAAUGAUAGGGGAUAUAUGAAGACACUGAAAUCAACACUGUUACAAAACAAUAAUGUGAAAUUAAUUGGUCUCAUAUCUAUAUUCGAUAUACUAUAUAUGACAUAUGUGACCCUGGA